UCAAACAACAAAGAGGGCAUAGUCGUGUCGCGUAUCCCAUCCUCGUACCUAAACACAUUGUUGGAAGCCGCUUGAUAACGCCUGUGCAUCACCAGUUGGAUAAUAUUCCGAUUGCUCAAAAGGAUCGAUUGAGUAGCAAUUACUUUCAUCCUUAUUAGUUUCCGCUGGAUGGUCACAGCUGAGCUGUGGUCACCAUGACGACAGACGAAGUAGAGAGUCACCAGCAGGAGCCAAGACAGCAGGAGGAGGCUGGCCAGGAAGCAAAGCCAUCCACUCCAGAAGAGGAGAACCUCCGGCCUGGCGUCCGCAACUCUGCUGGCCGUGGCCUCUCCCGCCUCUUCUCGUCCUUCUUGAAGAGACGUUCGCAAUGCGAGAGUGAGGGAGGGGAGAAGGGGGAAAAGGAGAAAGAAGAAGCUAAAGCUCCCAUUGCUGACCCAGAGCCUGAGCUGAAGAUAGAGGGAGAGGUGGCCCCCGACCAGCACUCAGUUAGCAGUGCUGAGGCCCAGGCUGCACAGGUAGAGAAAAACAUCCCUGAAGAAGAGGGGAAGGAGGAGGGUGGGAAAGACCACGAGCUCGACAAGGAGAAACCAGAGGUCUCCACGCUGGAGAAAGAAGACGAUAACAAGAAGGAGGAGGAGGAGACGGACAAGGCAAAGGAAGGUGGCUCUGAGCGCGGCAGUAACGGAGAAAAAGAGGAGGGGGCCACAGAAGAGGAGCCUAAAACUCCCAAAGCUCCACGUCGCCCCAAAACCAUGCAGAUUAAAGUCACACUGCUGGACGACGCCCUGUAUGAGUGUGAGCUGGAUAAACAUGCCAAAGGACAGGAGCUAUUCACAAAAGUAUCAGACCACCUCAAUCUGCUGGAGAGAGACUACUAUGGUCUGGGCAUCCCCCAGAUGACCAAUGUAAAGACUUGGCUGGACCUGACCAAGGAGAUCCGCAGGCAGGUGCAAGGUGCCAACUAUAAUUUCACAUUCAAUGUGAAAUUCUAUCCACCAGAUCCAGCUCAACUGUCUGAGGACAUCACAAGGUACUACCUGUGUCUGCAGCUGCGUAAAGACAUCUUGCAAGGGCGUCUGCCCUGCUCCUUCGUCACCUUGGCCCUGCUUGGCUCCUACGCACUGCAGUCAGAACUGGGCGAGUAUGACCCCGAGGUGCAUGGCAGUGACUAUACUAAAGAGAUGAAGAUGGCGAAUGGACAGACAAAGGAGCUUGAGGACAAAAUGAUGGAACUUCACCGCACUUACAGGUCAAUGAGUCCAGCUCAGGCCGAUAUGAUGUUCCUUGAGAAUGCAAAGAAGCUGUCCAUGUAUGGAGUUGACCUCCACCAGGCGAAGGAUCUAGAUGGUGUUGACAUCAUGCUGGGAGUUUGUUCCAAUGGGCUUCUGGUUUAUAAGGACAAAUUGAGGAUCAACCGUUUUCCCUGGCCCAAAGUCCUGAAGGUGUCAUACAAGCGCAGCAGCUUCUUUAUCAAAAUACGUCCAUCAGAGGUUGAACAGUAUGAGAGCGCCAUUGGCUUUAAACUUCCAAAUUACAAAGCAGCCAAAAAACUGUGGAAAGUGUGUGUAGAACAUCACACCUUUUUCAGACUGACAUCUACUGAAAUGGUCACCACUCCCAGGAAGUUCUUGGCGUUGGGCUCCAAAUUUCGCUACAGUGGUCGAACUCAGGCUCAGACCAAACAAGCCAGCUCUCUUAUCGACAGACCUGCUCCUCUUUUCCAGCGGUCAUCCAGCAAGAGGAAUUCUCGCAGCAUGGAUGGAGCCAUGGCGUCCACUCCGGACAACAAAUCAAGCCGCCCAGUGAGUGCGCCCAUCAUGUCGCCUGUGUCUCCUGGGGACAACACGCCAUCCCCGCUGCUACACAACCUUCAUCUCGCCACGUGCAGCAACAGUUCAACACCUAAGUUCCGACGCUCUGUAGAAAGGAAAGCCGAACUCAAAGGCUCCACCAAAAGUCGGAGCCCCAAACCUGAGUCCACUCCAGAAAUCAAGACAUUGGCCAGAAGAGAACGGAGGCAUUCCCCCUCUGUGACCAAGACCAACGGGGAACGAGAGAAAAAGAGCCAGCAUUCUCCUCAGGACAAAACAAAGAUGGAGAUGAUGCGAGUGAGGAAGAAACGAGCUAAGAAACUUGAGGGUGAAACUAUUUAUAUCAGACAUAGCAAUUUAAUGUUGGAGCUUCAUCCCAAAGGCUUGCAAUGCACCAUUUUCCUCUCUGACUCUGAUGACGUGGAUAAGACCCAAACAGAGAUCAUGCGUCACCACACAAGUAUCAGUGAGCUGAAGAGGAGUUUCAUGGAGUCGGGUCCUGAACCUCAACCAAGCGAGUGGGACAAGCGCCUUUCCACCAACUCGCCUUUCCGCACAGCAAACAUCAAUGGCCAGAUACAGCCAGCGUCUCCAUUGUUGAAGACCCAGACAAUCACCAUCUCAGAUGUCACCAAUUCUCUCCGAGGAACCGUGGCCUACAAGGACAUUCCCUUAGUUCACACUGAGACCAAGACCAUUACGUACGAGUCAGCGCAGGUUUCUUUCCCACAGCCGGUGGACACCUUGGCAGACCGGGACUCAGGAGUGCUACUGAGUGCCCAAACCAUCACAUCCGAGACCAUCAGCACCACCACCACUACCCAGAUCACCAAGACUGUCAAAGGAGGAAUCUCUGAAACUCGCAUAGAGAAGAGGAUCGUCAUAACCGGAGACACUGAAAUUGAUCAUGAUAAGGCUCUGGCUCAGGCUAUUAAAGAAGCAAAAGAACAACACCCAGAUAUGUCAGUCACCAAAGUGGUUGUCCACCAAGAAACGGAGAUUUCUCCCGAGUAAGACAAGGCCAUUCUCUGUAAGCUGCCCACUUCGCCUCCUCUGCACCCACGUUUUACCUCGGAGCUCUGAGCCACGCCCAACAGCACUGCCUUUGAUUAAGAAAAAAAAAAAAUACCCAUACCACAUCAGAGGGACGAACUUGCACCACUGGACUAUGAACUUUAGCGUCUUUGAAUGUGGAGUUCAGUCUGAAGGAGACUGACGGAGAAAAAAAAAAAUGCCCAAGAAUCCUCUCAAUUCCUUCUCCUGUUCCACUUACUGCCAAAAAAAAAUUCAACCCGUGGACAAUUUAAACGUUUUUUUAAAAGAAAGAAUGAAAAAGUACAGCAGUUGUGAAAUAACACUUCUCCAAUUUGGAGCUUUUUAGAAUUUUUUCAAAAGGGCAUUUGGUCUUUUAAAAACCUUUGAGAUUACUGUACUUUAUUUUUCUACAGCGGUUCUUACCAACAAUUGGUUCUCAACAACGUGGAGCAAAGUUGAGUGUAUUUUUAACAAUGUGGCCCAAAUAGCAUCAACAUAUAGGGAUUGUACACAUCAAGACUUAAAAUGGAACUGCACUUUUUUCGAAUUUUGAAUCACUCACAAUCCUUUGGUUAGAUAAGCACACUUAUAAAAAAAAUGUUUUUAAUGCAUUCUAACUAACAUAUAACAUCCGCCUAUAAAGCGCUUUUUAAAAGAAAACAUCCUAACACCUCCAUUAAGGUUUUAUAUACAGUACAUGCGGGGAGUAUAUAUGGAAUAGUAACAGGCACAUUCAUAGUAAGUUAAAUUAAAGUUAAGUUUACACUAGGUGUGGUGAAAUGUGUCCUCUGCAUCUGAACCACCCCCUUGUUCACCCCCUGGGAGGUGAGGGGAGCAGUGAGCAGCAGCGGUGGCCGCGCCCGGGAAUCAUUUUUGGUGAUGUAACCCCCAAUUCCAACCCUUGAUGCUGGGUGCCAAGCAGGGAGGUAAUGGGUCCCAUUUUUAUAGUCUUUGGUAUGACUCGGCCGGGGUUUGAACUCACAACCUACCGAUCUCAGGGCGGACACUCUAACCAAUAGGCUACUGAGUAGUAUGUAAUUACGUAUUUUGCUAAUUUUUUAGCAUACGUUGGUGCAUUAAUUUCACUAAUCAUUUCUUCAACAAACAAUUACCGUAAAUUCCGGACUAUAAGCCGCUACUUUUUUCCUACACUUUGAACUCUGCGGCUUAUAAGACGGCGCGGCUAAUGAAUGGAUUUUUAUUCGCUGGCAGCUAUAAUAAAAAUAAUUGUAUUAAAAAAAUGUUAAAAAAUUAAAAAUUCGGAGGAAGUUUUAUUGUUUGUGCUAUGGCGCCAUCUUUUGGAAGAGGUCGCUCACUGUAGGUGCUGCUGUGUCUAUUUACCGGCUGUGUUUUUUGUUUUUGUUUUUCAACCAAAGUGUUGUUCAGUCUUCUAGCUGCCCGUAGCGUUCUACUUGUAUGGAUUCUUCAUUCAUCACUCCAAGCUAACACGUUUACGAGUGUCUGUGUUAGUAAUAUUAACUUACAAAGGCAUUCUUUUUGUGUUAAAAAAAAUUCCUCAGUAAACACACCCAAAACGUCACCGUGGAGUUAUUGAGUCUGUGUAGCAGAUUGGAGAGCUAGCUUCCGCAGCUAUGACGAUGACCGCUGUUUUGUUUGACCAGCCGUUUUACUGCCAUGUUGCAGGCCCCAUUUGGAAACAAUUAGGGUAUGUAAAUAAACAUUUGCAAAAUCUUACUGUGUAGGAUAAAUCCUUUCGCAACGUAUACAUCUGCGAUUUAUAGUCCAGUGCGGCAAAAAUACUGAAAAAUAUUUUUUUCUUCGAAAAUUUAGUGGGUGCGGCUUAUAUCCACUGUGCGCUCUAUAGUCCGAAAAACAUGAGAGACAACAAACAUAAUCAAACACUCACUUACUGUACAAUGUCUGCUCUCACUUCUAUGCCGACUGAUGAGAUGUUCAUAUCUUGCCGUUUAGAUGAAGAAUUAAUCAUAAUCCACACAAAGGGUUAAUCCAAAAAAAAAGACGGUGCCGCAAACAAGCGUCUUUUUGCGUCUUUCUCGCCAUCUCCAAGUCUUAGUUGAAUGUCACAGAUGACCAUCUUCUCGGUUUAUGGCUACAUCCUUCUACUAUGCAGGUGAGAGCCGUGAUUUAUCAUGUAGAAUGAACUUACACCAGCAGCAGCCCAGUAUGUCAACACUGCUUUGUGACCACGGUGGCGGCCAAUAAUUGUUUGUCUGUGUAAACGCUUAAAAUAACAAUGUUGCUAAUACUUGGUUAAUAUUCAGGUCACAAAAUGUAAAUAAGAGAAUUGUUGGCGGUUUUUGGACGCAUUUUUAGAGUGGCUUCGAGGCAACAUGGAAUACUCCCAUUAGCACCAUCGUUAGCCACCUAGAACAAGACAAUUAUUACAAAUUAGAAUGCAAGAAUAUGUUUUUUUUCUUGUCUCACAUAAGGAUUGUGAAUGAUAGGCAAAAUUGUAAAAAAAAAAAAAAAAAAGUGCAGUUCCCCUUUAAGGUUCCCUUCCUAACUGCUUUAAUUUGUUGUACAGUCAGUGUUUUAUUUUCCCUUUCAAUGUGAAAAAAUAUUUUUUCAAUUAUUGUGGAAUGAUAUUUAAUUUACUUCACCUUAUAUAUCACUUUUAAGAAAAUAACUCAUGGCUUAGUAGUUCUUGUUGUUGUGCUUGUGACUAAGGAGACCUUUACAUUAUUUAUUCGGACCCCUGUCUCGUUUUUGUGUGUUUUGUGUUCUCGGCACUCUAAGAACAUAUGUAUGUAUGUAUGUACUCUAACUUAAUUAUUUUCUAUUGGCAGCAGUCAAUUUAAUCACGGGUGUGGUACUUUUUAACGUGGAGCAGUAGUAUCGAUACACAAUAAAAUCAUCGUAAAGUACAAAAACCCACAUUGUCCUGCUGAAGGCAAUACUCCAAUUUUUAAACCAGUGGAACCUCCAAAUAGUCUUCCCAUGCGGCGCCGAAGUACUUGUUCUUCAGGGGAGGCUCAGGCAAGCUGUAUGCAUAUUUUACUCUGUUGGACAUUGGUAGUGCAUGUAAUUUCUGAAAGUUAAUUUUCCUCCCUCAAAAGGUAAAAUUCUGAUUAGGGGCUUUUCAGCAAACAUCCGGGAUUUGAGCCCAAGUACCCACUCUUUAACUCGACUGCCAGCUUGACCACCCUACCUAGCGUAAUUGAUGGGAGUUAUUUAAUUAGGUUACCGUAGUCUCCGGACUAUAAGCCGCUACUUUUUCCCGCACUUUGAACCCUGCGGCUUAUAAAAAGGUGCGGCUAAUGUAUGUAUUUUUCUUCGCUAACGGCCAUGAUGUUGUGUGUUCAACAAAUAGUUGUCAUAACACCGACAGAGACACUGAAAAGGUGUGUUAUUGUUUGUGGUAUGGCGCCCUCUUUUGGAUGAGUUUGCUCAGUGCAGGUGCUGCGGGUUGAAAAUGUACUUCCUGUUUCGUGCCUUGAACCAGCAGAUUAAGUCCCAUUUUGUCUGUAGAGUUUCUGCUUGAAAGGAUUCUUCAUUAAUCACUCCAAGCAAUGUUUGCAAGUUUUACAAUAUAACUAAAACAAGUUACGCUUACCAAACCGUCCCGUGUGUGAUGUCUGUAGAAGUGUUUUCAUGCAUAUUUGUACGUGCUAUUGUAAUGUAAUGAAAUGUCAUUAGCAUUAUUAGCUAAUAUGCUAACACGUUUACGAGUGUCUGUAUUAGUAGCGUAUUAUCAACUUACCAAAGGCAGUCUUUUUGUAUUGUUUCGGUUUCACAAAUUCCGCAGUAAACUUAGCAAACGUGGAGUUAUUGAAUCUGUUUAGCUGAUUGGAGAACUAGUUUCCGCAGCUAGUGUGUCCCAUGACUAUGACUUCUGUUUUGUUUGAUCAGCCGUUUUACUGCCGUGUUACAGGCACUGUUUGGAAACAAUUAAGUAAUGUAAAUAAACAUUUACUAAAUAUUUCGUACCUGUACAUAUCUGCGGCUUAUAGUCCGGUAUAUGUACAAAUAUUUAUUUAAAAAUUUGGUGGGUGCAGCUUAAAUGCUGGUUGUGCUCAAUAGUCCAGAAAAUAAGAUAGUUUGCAGGCACAGACCUGGCCAUUAAGCAUUCAGUAGUCAUAAAAUGUUCUGUGAGGUUGAGGACAGGGCUUGGAGGAGACCAUUCCAGAAGCUUAAUUGUGCUUUGUCCAUUAAAAAACAAUUGUUGUUUGUGCAUGUUGCAGACGUGUGACACAAAGGCAAACUUGCAAAAUGAGGCUCCCUGGAUCUUUCUCCGAGGUGUUACGACCUGAGGGUCAAUUUAACAAGGACAUAGCGUACGAAAAAGGUUUAAGUCAACAGGCUGAAUAUGGUUCAUUGUUCAUUUUGCAAAAUUCCCAAAGACACGAAUGAAAAGACCCGAUGAUGCGGGCCAAAAGAACAAAAGACGGUGAUGUGAACAGGCCCACCCUAUACAGGGCUGUCACACCAGCAGGAAGUAGCGGAACGGUGCAGGAGCGCAAUCUGUCGUGCACGUCGGGAUGUGAAUAGAAAAAGGAAGGGAGGGGAAACCUCAGCGCUUGCUGCAAAAAUACAAACCCCAAAGGUGAAAAUACAAAAACAACCCUACUUCAAUGUCUCCCCUUCAAUUUGUUUACCGCCUAAGGUGAUGCACUUUCAAUUGUUCUCUUAGUGAUCAAAUUGACUUCCUGGUGAUUUAGCCAAAAUUGGGCAGCCGGGGCACAAGCAUCGUAUGACUUGAGAAGCAUUCAUCUUUGGAGGUUCCACUGUGCAUAAUGCAAUUAAUAAAAUACCCAACUUUGUCCUAAUACAAACAUGUUUAUCAAAAGCCUCAAUAGUAAUUAUUUGUGAGUCAUGUUUUGAAGGCGUUUAAUUAUAAUUUAGAACACUGUCCACGUUGUCAGACUGCAACAAAGUUAACCACAUGUCCAGAUUAUUUAGUCAUGGUCAAGUCAUGUAAAUCUGAAUAUAAGGUGGUGGUGGAUUAAAGCGAAACGAUUAAGUGCGGACUUUUUAAAGGAAGAUUAAACUAAAUACAGUUGUGGUCAAAAGUUUACAUACACUUGUAAAGAACAUAAUGUCAUGGCUGUCUUGAGUUUCCAAUCAUUUCUACAACUCUUAUUUUUUUGUGAUAGAGUGAUUGGAGCACAUACUUGUCCGUCACAAAAAACAUUCAUGAAGUUUGGUUCUUUUAUGAAUUUAUAAUGUGACCAAAUGACAAAAGACUUGACUGUAGACACUGACACCUGUGUUCCAGCAGUUUCCAAUUCAUUGCAGACUUGCUUUUUGGUGGUUCUCGGUUGACUCUUGAUCAUCUUGACCAAUUUUCUUUCAGCAGCAGGUGAUAGCUUGCGUUUUCUUCCUGAUCGUGGCAGUGACAAAACUGUGCCAUGCACUUUAUACUUAUGAACAAUUGUCUGCACAGUUGCUCUUGGGACCUUAAGCUGCUUUGAAAUGGCUCAAAGUAGGGGUGUAACGGUACACAAAAAUUUCGGUUCGGUACGUACCUCGGUUCAGAGGUCACGGUUCGGUUCAUUUUCGGUACAGUAAGAAAACAACAAAAUAUACAUUUUUUGGUUAUUUAUUUACCAAAUUUGUAAACAAUAGCUUUAUCCUUUUAACAUUGGGAACACUAUAAUAAUUCUGCCCACGUUAAUCAACAUUAAACUGCCUCAAGUUGUUGCUCAGAUUAAAUACAAUGACAAAACUUUUCUUCUACAUAUAAAAAGUGCAACAUUAAACAGUUUCAAGUCAACUCAACAUGCUUAAUUUAUUACAACAUUUGGGAAGCCUGUAGUUGAUUUUUAUUAUGUAAAUGUUAUAUUUUUAUCAACAUGUAAUAGCAGAGACCCUGCCAUUCAAAACUAGGCUGCUACAUUACUAAUGAUUGAUGUAACUAUAGCUGAAAAAAAUAGUACAAUAGCAAUAGGAGAGACUACACACACACACGCACACGCACGCCGCAAAAUGAGCUAACGUUACGCUAAAAGCUAAUUAGCCUUCACCUCAAGCCGGGACUGCGAGCGAGCUGAGCUGCAGUUUAAGUUUCUAGAAGGUCAACGGGCUCAUAAUGAUGUUACUAGUAGUUGACUGGGAGGUGUUUAUCAUAAUUUGGGGAGAGUACGCUACCUUAAGCAGGUGAGUUAAACACCUAUCUGCUCGACGCUGAAGCGCUGACUACAUGCGCUCUAAAUACGCACUGCUGAUUGGCUGUUACCGCUCUGAAUACGCACUGCUGAUUGGCUGUUACCGCUUUUUGUGUAACCAAUCAGAUGGUUGUGUGGGUGGGACAAUGCUGGGUGCUGAGACAGAGGCAGAAGAAGCAAAGCAGCUUGUUAAGACUUUAGCUUAGAAACUCGUUCGGUACACCUCCAAACCGAACCGAAACCCCCGAACCGAAACCCCCGUACCGAAACGGUUCGAUACAAAUACACGUACCGUUACACCCCUAGCUCCAAGUGACUUUCCUGACUGUUCAAUCAUUGACUGAACGAAUCAUUGACUUGUUUAAGUCAACGAUUCGUUUUUUCAGAGUUCCUUUGACUUUCCCAUUGUCGCGUUUGUAACCGAGUCUAAUGACUGCAUCACAUGAGCCCUAUUUAAAUGGGCCCAAAGAAGUCAACAGGUGUCGUCAAUCGUAAUCACUCACAUGAAGUUAAGAGGCCAUGCCAUGAAGCUAAUUUGAUUUGAUUGUAACUUUUCUACAUCACCAAAAUUGAUAAUGUAUUGUUGCUUUAUGUAUACUUUUGACCCAGCAGAUUUGGUCACAUUUUCAGUAGACCCAUAAUAAAUUCAUAAAAGAACCAAACUUCAUGAAUGUUGUUUGUGACCAACAAGUAUGUGCUCCAAUCACUCUAUCACAAAAAAAAUAAGAGUUGUAGAAAUUAUUGGAAACUCAUUAUGUUCUUUACAGGGUAUGUAAACUUUUGACCACGACUGUAGACAAAUGACCUCAGUUAGGAAGGCAUCAUCACCUUGCCUUCAGUAUCUCUUCAUUUUCCAUGUAUAUGUGUAACUAUGUCUACAAAUACCAGGUAUUUUUGAAUUUAAAAAAAGUAAUAUUUUUGUAAGAAAUGUCCCGGUCUUUGAAGUCUUAGAUGCCGAAUUGACCUCUCGUUCAAACCGGGGGCAACAUAGUCGAAGUAGAUUGGAUAAUAUUCUGUGCAUCCUGCUAAUUGUAGGGCAGUCAUGUGGAUUAGAUAGUCAGCAAAAAAAAGCAUUGUCCAUCUUUUUAAAAUGUGUCAUACUAAAUGCUUUUGCUAAUAUCGCUCAUGUAUUUUUCAUGCCAUCCUUUUAUACAUGUUCUGACAGGUGCACCAUUGUGAUCCAAAAUAUCGUCAAAUGUCCAUUUUUUAUUUGUGUAUGCAAAUAUUUUGAAUUUGGGCACUGCAGUCAAGCAGUAAAAAUGAUUAAUCUAGAAGCUUACUUUAACAACCCCAAGGUAAAUACUGUGGACAAUAUUAUUUAGUAUGGCCCAUGUAACCCUGUUUUGCACAUUUCCAACAUGAGGCUAUAUUCUGUAUAGUUCUCCAAGAGGUAGUUGAUUGUUUAUUAGUGUGCUGUUGUUGUCUUUAUCGUGACACUCGAGCAACAUUUCAUGUUCUUUGUUGAUUGUAUAUCCUCACCAUCACAGCACCACUGAAUAAAGUGUAUCUUAUCCUGUUCA